AUGGCGGGCGGAGACUCGUCGGCGCCGACCAUCGCGCCGUCGGGCUAUAUGCGACAACGCUCAAGAUACGCCUGCGCUCCAUGUCGCCAACGUAAACGGAAAUGUGACGGCACAUUUCCAUGUUCUACCUGUACUGGAUAUGGCUAUGAAUGCCAGUACAGUGGCAAUGUCCAUCCGGAGAGCAGCAGUAGCUCUGCGAUUGCCCAGGCAUCGCAGCAAACCACGAGUACUUCCACUACGGGCAACAGCAAGCGCAAAGCCUUGACGGCAGGCUUGGACGAGCCAGCAACGUCGCCAGCUACUAGUACUUCUCACAGAUCCAGGCCGACGCCACCAGGUGCACUGCAUGUACUCAGCGAUGAGCCUACUAGCCACAAAGACCGCGGCGUACUAGUGCCUUCCAAAUUCAGAUACAUGAGUAAACACUCCUCAGUGGCAUUCCCGCAAUGGGUCGGAAAAAACCUGCAAUCCAUCAAUCCUCCAAGGGUACACUCAUUUGCGUAUAAUACAGGCAUCAGAAGGGAGCUGCCUUAUUCCGUCACUUUUGAUCUUCAAAAGUACAUCACCUGGGCUGAAGUGCACGAUUCGCUGGAUAUCUAUGCCUCUGUUAUCAACCCGGUCUUCGGAUUUGUCGACAUCGACGACCUGCGUCAAAGGAGCCAUGAUCACUGGCAUGAAAGGAAGCAGGACUCGAACUUCGAGGCCUUGAUCAGCGGUGUAAUAGGUCUUGCAUCCUUGUUUUCGAAGUUGCUCUGCGAGGGUCGAGAGUUGAGGAUAAUCCAGCAUGCAAAAGACAUCUUAGAUGAUCCCCAUACUCUCAGGUUCCCACGGCUUGAAACAAUUUCAGCCUGUAUACUACGAACUAUAUAUAUUCGCUCGACGUCGCGGCCCGGCUCAGCAUGGCUAUACAGUUGUACCACCAUGCAUUUUAUUGAAGCGAUUGGCAUCUACAGAGAGCUUGAAGCUCCUCCUGAAAUCAAUUCGAUAAUGAACCGGCCACCUAAUGGAUCAAAAGAUAUACUAGCUCGUGUCGCCAUGGUUGCGCGCUGUCUGCAUAUCAUUAUAUCCUACGAACACGGCCGGUCAAUGGCCGACAUGGGUCCUGUUUCGGAGCACCACAUCACCAAGCGUAGCGGAGACUUCACGCUCCAACUCAACGCGCUAGUGAAUACUCUCCCAUCAGAUGACGACAACAAAGAUAGUCAGGACCAAGCGGCUCGGAAGGGGGAACUCAGUCUUGCUCUUAGAAACCUCAUUGCCACCCCAACAGACCACGAAUUCUUCAGCCUCAUCAAAGGCGACCUGUGCUUCUGCAUCUACCGUCGUCUUCGCCUUCUUGACCUCGGAAUCCGACAAGAGCAGCUCACACAGAUCAUCCAGGCAGGCAAAGCUGCUUUACCAGCCGCACGAAUCCUGAUUUUGCGAAAUCAUCCCUGGUGGAAUACUGUCGGCACAGUAUUCCAAUAUAUCUGCGUUCUGCUUGCCAUCGACAGCAGUGAGAGUCUGGCCGAGAUACCAGAGGCAAUGGAAACGCUCGAGACGAUUGCGAAACAUUUGAAAACGCAUCUUGCAGACGAAGCAAUGAGUACGGCCAAAUUACUUGUGCGGUCAAUGGCGGAAAAGAAGAAGAAAGAGACUGCAAUUCUUGAAAAGACGACCGGAAAGAUCGACAGAAAUUAUACGACGACUUCUUCGUCUUCGACAAAUAAUAUAGCUGCACAUAAACCGAACGCCAUGCAAGGAAGUAAUGGCAUUAAUAACAACAGCAACAAUCCUCAUGAUACCCACGACGAUAGCAACAGCACAUCUCUCAUGCAUGCCACGACUCCUAUGAAUGUUGUACCGCCGCCACCAACCCCACCCCUAGAAUGGACGACUGGAUUGCUUGACUUCAUGGAUCCUCUUUGGAACUGGGAUGCAUUCUUCCAACCUCCUCCUCUGACAUCAUCGCAGAUACCACCGUUUACAGAUGCAAGCUACUAUUAG